UGUUAAACGUCAUUUCACAGCUGUGCAAAUUUUACACUCCUUCGCUUGUUUGUUUUUUUCCAAAAGCUAAAAAAUGACGAAAGUCGCCGAUAAUCUCAAUCCUCACGUAUACGAGAAAGGUUCGGAGCGUCAGAUAACUUCCACGGACCACGACGAGGAUGUCGUCGACGAGAUAGAUGAGCGGGAAAUCUUCGAUAUCAUUCGAAACAUCAACGACCCUGAACAUCCCUUGACGCUGGAGGAUCUAAGGGUGUUGGAGGAGAAAAAUAUUACUGUAAAUAAUAAGGAGAACACUGUGCACGUUAAUUUUACGCCCACGAUACCUCACUGCAGUAUGGCUACACUCAUAGGCCUGUCAAUACGAGUCCAGCUACUCCGAGCACUCCCGAGCAGGUUCAAAGUGACAGUCACUGUCACGGAGGGAACACAUGCCUCCGAGCAUGCGGUGAACAAGCAGCUAGCCGACAAGGAACGCGUUGCCGCUGCACUGGAGAAUAACAACCUAGUGCAGAUUAUUAAUCAAUGUGUCUCGCCUUUGUCAUUGUAGUUUUAAGAUGUGUCAUACAUAUGUGAGUGUGUUUAGUAAGACGUCCCACUUUGUUGGUUACCAUUAAGGCGAAAUUUACUUUUAUCUUUAUAUGAAUAAACUGACAAAGCAGCUUUGUACACCCUAUUUUUAUUGAAUUCCGUUAACUUUAAGGGAUGGUUCUUUAGAUCAAAUACAAUUCAUUUCUUGAAGAAACUAGCGUUAUCGUGUUAUUACAAAAAUAA